AUGUCUUUUGUAGGAGUAAACUUUCCCGUAUUCUUCCAGAAUCUGCAACACUCAUCUAUAUUUCAAUAUUAUUAUAUAUCGAUAUAUGAUUAUUAAUAAAUUGAUAUUAUUAUAUUUUUCGUUGUGUCUUAGAGGAAUUAACAACCUACUCAAUCAGAGUUUUUGCUGUGAACAAUGUGGGCAUUGGAAACAGCUCUUUCCUCGUAUCUGCAGAAACAGAACUACUUUCUGAACCUACUCCAACUCCAACUCCAAAUCCAACUCCAAAUCCAAGAACAACUGAUAACGGCUCGAAUACCGGGGCUAUUGCAGGAGGAGUGGUUGGAGCAAUACUAUUUCUUAUACUUCUCCUCAUCAUUUUCCUUUGGGUGCGAAGAAGAAACCGGAUAAAAGAGCACGAAAGAUCAGUGAGGGUAAAGUUGAACUUCUUGAAAAACAUCGAUAUAUUUUGCUAUAUUUUAUUAAUCAAAUAUUUUUUCCCAAGCAAAUUAAUUACAUUUGCAAACAUGCAUCAUACAGUAUCUAAUACAUGACUGGUUCAUCUAUGUGUAGGUUGUGUGGUUGAUAUGAUAGCUAUAGUUACCUGUAAACUCUCAGCUAAGCACAACAAACUUUAAUGUACAGAAUGAUUAUAUAGUAAUCUGAAUUAUUCUAACAUCAUGUAUUUCUACUAUAUUGUUGACGGGAUCUAGAAUAUUAGGGAUUUUUGUGAAUGGAAUUUGGAAUGAAAAUUAUACAUUCAUACCAAUUUCCAUAAAUGUCAUGCAGCCAUGCAUAUAACAGAUCCAAUCCUGUGCAAGUGUUUUUCCUACGAAGUACGCACCUCCCUACAAUCCCACCGUCGGAAGAAAAUGUAUAAUUUUGCCAUUUUUGUGAAAACGAGCUGGCUAAACCCAGACAGCUGCUCCAUAUUUUAACUCUAAAUAAACUAGUCUUUUGUUUACAAUACCUUUUUUAACACGCAUUUAAUUUCAAACAUAAAUUGCACUACACUCGUAAAAUUGUCAUUUUUAUAACUAUAGCUUGUGUCUUUUUUGCGAAAUGGCGAGCGCUUGUUGGAGAGAUAAAUAUAUUUUACAAACGAUUCUGGAGAGGUUAUUGCAUGCAUGGAAGGAAGAUUUAUUUGACAGCAGACUUUAAUGGAGAAUUUGCGGUAAUCUCAACAUUUUGUUUCAAUUACUUUUUAUAGUUAUUCCAGUCAAUGCAUCCUAUUGAGAACCCUAUGGCGGUCUCAGAAACAAAGCCUGGGCAAGAUGCAGAGCCUUUGCCCGAGAAAACAGGUCAGUUGAUGUUAAUCAAACUGGGGGAAUAUAGUAUUAUUAUCUGUCCAUAUUAUACUUCUGGGGCCGGUUGUAUGUACUAAUUAUAAACACGGGAUUUGUAUUAAAAAUCGUUGACUGGUAUAACCCGGAUUACUGGACUUUGUUAUGUAGAAAUAUAGAGUUUCCUUUUCGCAAUUGUGGUAUCUAGUUUCGUAGUUUCAUAAUUUUUCAAGUUUACACUGGUAAAAAAGCACUAUUCGGUGGAUAGCGCUAUCCGACCUUUGUAUACAACUGAUCAGACUCAUGCUCUACUGCCCCGGUUAUCAAAAUUAAACUGAAUUAGUCAAACUUUGGGUGAAAAUUGUAUCCAAGAAAAAUUGAAUUAGGUUUUUCUAUUCUUGUUUUUCUAAUAUAGGCCUAUGUUACAGGGUAAUAUUAACUAGAGACUAGCUGAAAUAAAUGGGAAAGAAACUAUAAUUCAGGGCCGUUAGCAUUACAGUCCAUUGCAUGCCCUCGGUCAUGCGCUAAACAAGCGAACCACAAGCGCGAAGACAUGUUGCAUUUUAAUAAAUAACAAUUAGGCUUAUAUGAUUGCGAACCUACUGUAACAAACUAAAGGCCUGAUUCCACGAAGCGGAAUUUUUCGACCGAAACGAAAUUUCUCUUUGUCUUUUUACAAUUAGUUCUGCUUGAGAGCUCAUGAAACAAAGAGAAAUUUCGAUUCGGUCGAAAAAUUUUGCCUAGUGGAAAACCGCCUUAAGACAGACUAACAAACUAUAAACACACUAAAAACUAACACACUAAAAAACUGACGCAUCGACUAUAUAAAGCGUACGUGCUUAUAACUUCGUCUGGGCACCGGAAUUGUAUAACACAAUGUAAAGUAUAAAAUAAAUACAUGCAUAUUAAUGUUUUUAAACACACUAUAAGACGACAAACUAUUUUAUUUUAGAUAUACCGGACGAACUUUCAUAUAUUGUGUUAUUGGAGGACUGGGAAAUUGCGUCAGAUAAUCUGAAGUUGCUGGACAAAAAGCUGGGAGGAGGACAGUUUGGAAUUGUUAUGCAAGGAUUAUUGACAACUGCGAAAGGUGAUUCUGAAGUUGUUGCUGUGAAAAUGUUAAAAGGUAUACAUGUGUAAUUAACGUACAUACAAAGUGCUGAUAUGAAUUUAUGCCAAUAUAUGAUUGUAAAAAGUCGCCAAAAUUAAAUAAUUGUUAGAAUCUAAAAGCGAAGCAAAUUACUCCCGUUAAUGUAGCCUAUAAGUUCUGUCACUAAUUCUUUCAUUUUAGAUAGUGCAAAAGAAUCUGAUCUCCAGGAUCUGAUGACUGAACUGACUAUCUUAAAAGAAGUAAACAAAGUUCCUCACCCAAAUGUCAUAAGAUUGAUUGGAGGCUGCCCAAUAGGAGGUACAGACAAACAGUUUGAUUUCUUACACAUGCAAAUGUCAAGUAUUCGCCAAUACUUUUAUUUGCUAUGAAUUAAGUAAAGAUCAAAGUCUUUCAUGUUCUACUCCAAGUUAUGUUAACAGUUUCUUUCCUGAAACCUUCCAUGCACUUAAUUUAAUUUAAAUUAAACGUUUGAAGUGGAAACAUAAUUAACAAUCGGCCAGUUUUUAUUGCCUUUGAUUUCUUUGAUACUAUGUGCGUUGAUAGAUACAGGUAAAAUAACCUUACAAUUAUUUGAAAGUUUCCAAAGAAACAACUGUAUCACGGCAUAUAUCAUCGACUAUAUCAUGGCAUUCAAACGCGUUCUAUAUUGUCAUAGAUAUACUUGUUAUAUGUACUAGAUAAAACAUGAGUAGCCGAUCUUUAUCUGAUAUAUGCAAACUCGAGCCGAAGGCGAGAGGUUUUAUAUCAGAUAAAGAUCAGCUGCGAACGUUUUAUCGUGCUUAUAAAACGACCCAUCUUAUGAGUUCAUUGGCGAAGUAAUUAAAAAUAAACAUUGUCUAAGCCGAGAAAAUCAAAGCUGAAGUUUAUGUAAAUCAGGACAGAUCUUUAUCCGAUUUACAAACAUUGAUUAAACAUUCAUUUCUUUUAUAUUUUCCUCAUGAAUUAUUAACAAGUUGAAUAUAUUAAUAACGUUUCGACAAAUUUUAACCCCUUUGAACCCCCCGUCAUCCAUAUUUUCCCUCCCGUAUGCCUAUGCGAGAAAUUAUGGAAAGCUCUAUUACUACACUUUAGGAAAGCUACACGUGAUUACGGAGCUCUGUACGGGUGGAAGUUUACGACAUUUGCUAAUCAACAGCAGAGUCUAUCCUUCGGAGGAAAACUCAUCAAACUACAUCAACCUUUCGUCGACCUUGAAUCAUCGUCAAUUGGUGAAAAUUGCUGCCGAUAUAUCCAAUGGGAUGGUUCAUCUGUCUUCUCAAAAGGUAUCUAGUAAAUUUGUUAAAUUUAUGCCAACCUGGAAUUAUGACAAACUAGAACCCAUUAUCAGGCAAGUUAAAUGUAUUUUUAAAUUCAUGUUAUAAGCCCACCCUAGAGAUCAUUCUUUUUUACGUAGUAUACACUGCGCCUGAUUUGGUGGUAUUUUAGUAAUUUACUUGCUGCAGUUUUAAAAAUUCACAAACCACGGGGCAAACUAAAAGUUGGAAUGUUUCCCAAGUAACACAUGCAAUCAUCAAUGUAUUUAUGCUUGCAAUAAAUUGUGAAGUCACCUGCAGUUAAAGGUUAGUAAGCUAGCCAAUGCAGUAAUUGCUCCAGAUAUUAUAUCUGCCAUAGAGGGUUAUGACAAUUCCCAUCUGCAGAGACCUCCACAAAAACCUUUAUUUCACUCUGAAACACCAUUUGCUUGUUAUGUAUAAUACGGAUAAUUUUAUUUCAAUAGUUUGUUCAUCGUGAUUUGGCCGCAAGGAAUAUUCUCAUUGGUGACGAUAAUAUGGCAAAAGUAUCUGAUUUUGGUUUGGCAAGAGACGUUGGAGGGGCCGAGGAAUACAUACGGAACAAUCAGGUAAAUUAGCAUUAUUUUCUAUUAUUUAACAAAAUAUGGUAAUGAACAUGCAGUAUCUUUAAUGCCUGGUUCACACUGGUCGUAAAAAUCGGGGAUUUUCGUUGUCUGUGGUCAUUGCUGUGUAAAAAGCUUUGUCGGUCGGAAAAGAAUAAAUAGAUCACCGAUGAAUUACCACCAGUCUGAACCAGGCUAAAAGGUGAUGGAAAGUCCGUUCUGCGGAUAUACGUUCUGCGCGCGCCUAAAUUGCAAUGGUCGGGACCCACCAUUGAAAAUUUGUUAAUAUUUCGCACUUUCCGAACUUUCUUGAAUUGAAUCUCUAUCACCUGCAACGGUCAGUGUCAGUGUGGAUAGUGCCAAUAAUAAUAAAGCUUCGAAUUGAUACAACUACCUGAAAAAUUAUUUGACGUUUCGAGCAAAGGCCCUUCGUCGAAUAGUUAUAGUUGCGACGGCCCCGGAAGUGAGUCUACUAACUUACUGACGAAGGGCCUUUACGUCUAAGUUUUGCUUGUAUUGUUUAGGUAGUUGUAUCCUUAUCAGUCCAAAUAUAUCUUUUUUCUAUUUAUCACUAUUAUUUACAUACGUGAAAUUUUAUAUGAGCAAACUGCAAUGAUUACGCAUCUGUAGUUUCCAAAUAGCUAUACGUCCUAUACCGGCACUUUGUUUGUCAGCGCAAUUUGAAUUUUUGCGGGAUGUAUAGGGUCUUCUCGUUGCCUUAGCCUAAUCCAAUGUGUCGUGCUCUUCUGACUGUUAUUCCAACUGUCCUGUAUAGUAUUAAUGAUGGCGCUAAUCAGACGACAGCUGUGUUUUAUGUGUUCACAUGCAGUUCUUUUCCGCUGGGAAUGUUGCCCUACGGCCACAACUGUAAGAUUGAAGUACAAUGAUGAUUGCAGCAAUCAGUUCUUAAUUACUAUUUUCCUACCAUUAAAUCAUCUAUGAAGCUCGAAGUUACAUCCUUUCCCAAAAAACACUAAUUGAAGAGAAACUAGAACCAGAAAUAAAUACUGCAUCUUUCCAUGUUUAUCAUUUCACAACCUCCACACCUUAUCACCCAAGCUUUUUCACUCCAUCUCCUACUCAUAGACAACACUGUUCGUCAUUUCGGCACUACACCAUUUGCCACAAUCAUAACAAUAUAUGUCAACUAAUGAGUUUGUGGGACUGGUUGACAAGAUACUUUGGACACCUUUUCCCCAAGCAAAUUCAUGUGUGUGACAUUGUAAAACCGUGUUUUUUUUAAACUAUAUAUAACUUUGAAAUCUGCUGUGUUGGUGUAAUGUACUCAGGUGAAUAAGAUGUUUGUGUGAUGUUACUCUGAGUGUAUAUCCACACCGGGCAGGCUUGAAAAAUAUGCCUGGCCGUGGCCAGGCAUAUUUUUCAAGCCUGCCCGGUGUGGAUAUACACUCAGAGUAACAUCACACAAACAUUAUAUAUAACCUGUUUAUUAUUAUUACCAUAAAUGAAGUAGCGGAUAUAAUUUUAUUCUUUCUAAUAGAACUUACUUCCUGUAAAAUGGAUGGCUUUGGAAAGUCUUCUUCAUGGUCGUUUCACAAUUGCUAGUGAUGUGUAGGUUCAUGUUCACGUUAUAAUUCUCUCUAAUAUUAAUUUUAACAUUUGGCAUCUGAUAAAUCCCCCCUUAGAUUGGCCCCUAUACGAAUUAAAACCUUGCUUUUGAGAAUGAUCACAGCUAACCGAACAGCCCAACUUGAAUUGAAAUGAGAUAAUUGCAAAAAAGGCGUUCUGUUUUACACUUGAGUACCAGGCCAUAUUUAUCUUCCCUCAAAUGCGGAUAGAUGUCAAUAGAUGAGGGAAGGAAUCAGUGAAGUGGCUCUGACACAAAUCCGUCUUUUCAGCUGUAUGAUAGAUCUAUUAAAAUAUAGGUCAUAAAACAGCUCGCUAUUUACAACAGCUCUGCGAAAUAAAAGAACACAUCGAAAAAAGUCAGAGUACAAACAGAAAACAAUUGUUUCGUUUUUCUUUCAUUUUAGAAGUUGUGAGAGCACUCGACUAGCGCCUCGGUCAAUUCCAACACUGUUUCAUGUUCCUCUCAACUUCAUGCUGCUCAAUAAAUUGAUUAAGCACAAAAAAUCCUGAAAGAUUUGUUUUCUGUUCUAUGUUUUUAAUAAAGUUUAGAUUAUAAUUUAAUCUGCUUUAUACGUGUUGUUUUUAAUCAUCAUGCGGAAAUCGAAUUCUAGUUAAAAGUAUUAUUGUCCAGCAAAUAAUUCGUAAAAGAGGCAUAUUCAAAAACCAUUUGGUAUGUAAAUGUUUUUUGAAUAUACCAAAUGUUUUUUUGAAUGUGCCUCUUUUACAAACUUUUUCAAACAAAGUUGCCCAGUAUACUAUAGUCAUCUAACGCAUAGAAUAACCACUCAAGGUAAUUUUCUAGCUAAUGAUUUUUAUACCUUCAUUGACAUAGGUGGAGCUAUGGUGUCCUCCUUCAUGAAAUUACCACUCUAGGUGAGAACAACACUACAUUUAUUUUAUGCUGCUUGUCGCAAAGACCGCAUUUAUUAUUCGGUUUUUAUAUACUUAGUAUAACAGGUCCUUUGCAUAACGUAUUGAGAAUAUUCCAUCGGCAUUGUGUGUAUUGUUACGAAAAUAGGCUACUACGUCUCUUAUGCCAAAAUGUGACGUUAACAUUUGUGACGUCAUGCAGUGUACUGCAACAGCAAGGCUGCCAGGGCGUGGCAUUUUUCCCCCGGACACAUCUCAAGAAGGCCUCUCAAGGAGACGAAAGCCGCCCUCAAAAAGUCUUGAAAGAAGAUUGCUUAAUAUAUAGUAAAACACCGCUUCCCCGUUCAACAAUUAUGAUGUCACAGGAGCCCAUGUGGGAUAUGUAAGUUUCGUAUUUGCAAAUAUUCACUGGGAACAUAUUAUGCAGAUACGAGACUUUGGUAUAAGAACUACACUUUAACGAUUUUCCAAUUCUUUUUUGUCGUGAAAAUUAAGACUUGGCAAGCACGCUCGUGCUGUCGCCAGAUAUUUGUUACAAUACCAUUUAAGAUGAUAUAUAGAACCGUAGUACUUCCCCUGACGCAUCUAGUAUAGUCAAGUACGCUAUAAACAGUCUUUAAUUGCUUUUCUAACCAUGGAAUAUUUAGGAGAAGAACCUUAUAAAAACAUUUCUCCAUACAAUAUUGUCAGCCACGUGGGAUCUGGAUGUCGAAUGUCACAAUCACCGCAAUGUUCUGACGAAAUGUAAGUUAUUCAUAGCUAUGAUCGAAAAGGAUUAAUUUUUAUCAAUUUUCAUUCUCCAGAGUACAAUGUGUAGUAACACUCAAUCAGAGAACUUCCAAUGUUGAAUUUUGUUGCCGAGGUUUGCUUCUUUCCAGUGGAAGAAAUGAUACAAAAUGUUUUUUUCCAGUUCAUAACUUCGUCAUGACGUGAUGACCACUUUGCUUACUUCAACUUGUGUGCUGCAGUAAUUGGCUAUAGUAAAUUCUUGGUUGUUGAUAUAUACAUGAGUGACUUUAGAGUUUUUGGUUCGACAAUACUGAAUAUAUAAAUGUUUUGUUGUUUUAAUGUGCAGACCGAUGGACCCAUAUAUUCUCAUAUAUUUGAAUUGUGCAUAACUACUAGUUUUAUACAGGCGAUUCAUUUAAGGUUAUCUGUGAAAGUCAAUACCUUCUGAUCAGUCGAAAUUAAGCGUGAAAAGGACAAUGGACGUGUUUCUUUUUCUUAUCAGAUUGUUUAUUCAUCCAAGCUAAUACGAUAUGGUUGUUAUAUUUUGCUAAUUAAUUGUGUACCUAUAGUAUUAAUGCAAGUCGAUAAAGUGAAUUUAAGCCCCAAAGAAGUUAUCCUAAUUGAGGAUGGCAACAAGCAACAUUAGUCAAAAAAAGUUUAAAAAACUCAUCAACUCUGCCGGUUAUGCAACUGAAAUUGGGUUAGAGGGGCGAAUAAAAUACGACAAGGGAGAAAUCACGGAAUCUCUUAAAUUAUAAAUUAUUGGCUUUUUACGCAAAUUUAAACCAAAGCGGCUGGUAGGACUCAGAAAUCGUAACUAAAGCGUCACAAGUAUAUGAAUUACAUCCUGUAUAUGCAAAUCCAUAGUGCUUUUCGCGCUUAGAGGUCGACGGUUUAAUAGGACAACCUUAAUUUAAGUAGCUGUAUAAACGUGUAUUACGAAGCAUUAAGACAACGGAUUCAAAUUUUACGAUAUGGCAUAAUACGAUAUAUAAAAUAUGAAAAGCAUUUCCAUUUUAUAUAAAAUAUGAAAAGCAUUUCCACGUUUUAAAUGUUUUAGAAACUGGCGAUCGAUUUUCAGUAAUACAGGGUGUAUCAGAAAAAAGUACACAGUUGGAAAAAGUUCAAUAAAGUCAGAUGCGCGCGAAAUUUGCGAAAACGUUCAGUAAGCUUAUGUAUUUUGACGUUCUCUUGUACAUCUAGCACUAAAAUUAUUUAUAAUGCUAGCGUUUUUAUAGUAGGAAAGUUGUUACUAAACCCUUCCAAAAAAAGGCCUUUCGCACAAAAAUUACUUACCGUGAACGCAAUUUAAUCACACAGUCGAAAUAUGGACUGUGUUGCAUAUACUCUAUCAAAGUUUCAAGAAACUAGGGGAGGCCAACGGGAGAUCCCCAAAACCUGGAUUUUCUCCAAUUUUCGUGUAGUUCGAACCCGAUUUCUUUGCAUGAUUUUAAAAUUAAUUUUAUGCAUUCUCGAAUGUUUAUUUACCAUCGUUUAUUUACAAAAGUAUUGACUGCAGUGUUUAUUUACAAACAAAAUCAAUUUUCAACGUGCCCUCCAUUUCCUUUUAUAUGUUCUACGUGCUCUCCUACGUUGAAGAUUGAUUUUGUUUGUGAACAAAUACUGCAUGUAAAUAAUUUUGACCUUUGGGAAUCUUGCGGAUUUCAUGCUGUAAUUUAUGCAAACAUUCGAGCAUGUAUAAAAUUAAUUUGAAAUCAUGCAAAGAAAUCGCGUUUGACUAACAAAAUGGGAGAAAAUCCAGGUUUUGAAGAUUUCGCUUCACGUUGGCCUAUACGCGUUCACCAAAUUUUUUGAAACUUUGAUAGCUUGUCCAAGGCAGUCCAUAUCUUGACUCUCAUGGUUGAUUAAAUUUUGUUUCCGAUAAAAAAUUUUUGUGCGCACGGCCUUUUUGGUUUUUUUUGUAACAGCUCUCCUACUCUAAAAACGCUAGCAUUUUAAAUAAUUUUAGUGCUAGAUGUACCACAGAAAGUUGAAGGACAUAGGCUUACUGAAAAUUUCCGUAAAUGUCGCGCGCAUUGGACCUAAGUGGACUUUAUCCAACUGUAUACUUUUUCUAUACACCCUGUAGAGGUUUAGAUUUGACUUCCACAACUAUUAAGAGGCAUUAACCAAUAAAAUGCGUUUGAUAUAUAUCAUACUAACCAAUCAGAUUCAUAAAAAAUCAGUGAGAGGUAGCGGUAGCGUAGUGGCAGCAAUAUCUGAACCUCUGUAACAUAACAACGACAGCCUCUUAUUAUAAUCUCUAUAAUUUUCUAAUAUUUACUUAUUAGAUAUGAAAUAAUGACAAAGUGUUGGAAAGUUGACCCAGCAGAAAGACCUACAUUUGAAGAUAUAUAUGUAUCUCUUCAAAAUAUGCUCAUGGAUAACGAGGUAAAUACAUUAAUUUUAGCUACUAACAGUGUUUCAAUUUUCUUUAUCAAAUUUAUAACAUUUUAAUCGAAAAAAAAUGUGUGUUAUAUAUUUUUUUUGACAACAUGAAAACUUGACUGUGAAGGUAUAUCGAUAUAUAAAAAUGACGAUAAAAACGUUACUUGAGUUACAUUAUAUAUAAUUGAAUUAUAGCUUGCUUCCCCAUGCACUGAUUAUUUCUCUGGUUCUUCACAACUCUCACGCCUAUAUUUGUAUAACUAUUAGCCUAUGUAAAUAGGAAGGCACCAAGAUGAAUAUUGACUAAUUAUUUUAAACUUUGAUAAUAGUGUAGUAUUGAUAAACAUUAUAGAAAUUCUCUAACCAAGCAUUCCUGAAAUGUAUACUCAGAAACAAUGAGUGGUUCUCGCAAUUAUAACUGUCGAAAUUUAUUUCUUGCAACAAUGUGCAUGCACAUCUCACAUGCAUGAGGGGCUGUUUUCAAUCGAGAUCUCGGCAACCGUGCCAGCCUGUUUGACCAUGGUACUAAUUUUUAUUAUAAAAUCUCGCUAAACAGGGCGGCCCAGUUUUCAUAUCAACAGCCCCUAUAUAUUUGAUAUCUAAAGGACAUAUUGUUACGAGCCGGUCCUUGCUAAUUUAUUUGGCCGCACUUUUGGUUCUAUUUUCUCGCAACAAAGAUUGUGAAACCAAUUACUUUCAAUGAUAUAUUUAUGAUAAGAAGUAUUAAUGUAUAAUAUAUAAUGUUGCAAAAUAUACAAAAUAAUAGCUAUCAUGUAACAAUAUCUUUACACUUUUAGAAAUCAUACAUAAAUAUCGCACAAGUAAUUGAUGAAGGAACCCUUACUGAGACAAUUGAGCCAAAGAUUGAAUCGACUAAAGAUGGAUCAAUAAGAUACACAAAAGCCUGAAGACCGAAGCACUAGACUUGCAAUUGUUCAAAUAGACAAAAAAAUUAAAAAUUUAAACAAUCAUUCUAUUUUCGAAAAAUAUAUUCAAUGUAUUUAUGUGUUAGCGACCUAGAAUUCAACACUAUACGUAAUGCGAUUAAUGCAGUAGUGCAUGUAUUCCUAAAUUUUUAACAAGAGGUUCUCAUUUGGAGAGGCCUUGAGAAGUAUGAGCCACCAGAAUCGUUUUAUUCUAGGGUCUCCUAAAACGAUUUUCUUAAGUUAUGAUUUUACUAUAUUGAAACAAAAAAAUAUUUACAGUGCUCAUCGGUCAGAAUACCAUCUUGGACAUAAGGAAAAAUAUCAAUUAAGGUGGCUCGAUACACUUAUCACAAAAACCCUGCUCAAGGAUUGCAAACAAAGUCGGGUAACCAUUUUUACGCACAUGUUGCAGAAACUGAUUAACAAAAUUAAGACACUUCUAAAACGACCUGACGUUGGGAGUUGCUCGCGUCAUCUCACGUCAUUGCGCGUGUUCUAUAGCGUUUUAUAUCAAUUGUUGACGUUAUUAGAAUUUUCCAUUUUAAAACAACAAUGCGCUAUAUAUUUUUAUUUUGUCUAGUGACCUAUGUUUAAAUUUUGCAUGCUAUAUUGCACCGUUAAAAACCAUCAUUACAUAAAAAUUAAAAAAAUACUUAAUGCCAACAACAUUUUUGCCGAAGAGUACGACAUUUUCCAAAAAAAUGGUAUUUCUCUUUUUUUAUAUUUAGCUUUUCCUGCAAGUAAAAUAAUGCACGUGAAAAAUUGGUGGUCACCAUGCUUCUUUUCCGACUAUAUACGAGGCGAUAGGCCAUUUUGGACGGAAUUUCGUAUGUCUUCAUAGCAACGAACUCUCUGUUACUAGACCUAAUAUAAUUUGAAAUUAGAGAUAUGAAAAUAUAUAAAAAAACAAUAUUAUCUGCUGAAUAAAUUCUACAAAUACGUAGUUUGAACGUGUCAAAUUGUUGAACACCUCAAUUUUUGAAAAGUGUAUCAAGCUACCUAACUGGUGUGACCUUAAAAAUCGAAUGGAAAUAAAUUGGAGCAUGCGCAUGCAGUGCAUGGCGGUGUUUUAAUGUGUGAAAUUUGUUAUAUUUUGAAAGACUAUUACAGUUAUGUUUUUAAAAGCGACUUUCUCUGAACAUCCCCCGCCUCUAAUACGCACCACAAUUUGGAUGAAACGUACAAACAGAGCGAAUUUAAAACAAUCUCGUCUUAUAUUUAAUUAUUUGUAAGGAUCGUAUUCGAUAUUAAUCAGCUAUAAUGUAAUAUAACCGUCUAGAUAUAAUGUCAUUGUAAUAUAUUUUACACAUAUUGUAUUAUUGUUCCAAUAUACACAUCCACGAACACAAUUAUUAAUUACAAUAGAAUAUAAUUGUAGACGUUUUACCCAAUACGUACUUCAAAAUAUAAUUGGCCAGUGGUUUCUAUUUUGUGUGUUUGUCAUGUUAGACCUGUUGGAAUACUCCGAUCUGGCGGAGCUUACCGAGCCUAUCUUUUGCAGUCGCUUGUCCAAAUUGUGGAGGUGCAGCUGAAUUCCACUUUAUCGUGUUCCUGAC